AUGGCUAGAUCAGGCUCACUACUAUCCAGCGUUCUGCUUGGAGGAGGAUCGGUUUGUAAGGCAGUUGUUCUUGCACGGCCGGCCGUAACAAGGGGUUCAAUUUUAACUUUUAGGAGUUUCUCAAUGCUCGGCAUCCUCAGAUUUGCCCGCCGGUUGGCUCACAAAGAGGGGGGUUCGUGGACAAAACUCGUUUCUCGAAGAACAACCCGGGAUAACCCAAAUCCUAGACGGGGACCACCCGAUUUGAGCCGUUCAGUCCCUGAACGUAGUUUUGAAACUCCAACAUACUACAAUGUGUUUCAAUAA